AAAAAGAAAAGAAAAAAUUGGAACACACAAAAUUGAUGUUUCCUCUAUUCCUUCCUUCCUUCCACAUCCCCUAACCACAAUAAGUCCAUGACACACCAAAUAUUUACCUUUCAACCUUUUUUCUCUCAAAACAAAAACAAAAUAUAUUCAAAAAAAAAAAAAAACCAUUUUUCAAAAUUAAUUAAAAUAAAAAUAUUACCUAUUUUCCAUUGAAGCUCAAAACCAAAGCUUCCUUCCUCCCCAAAAAAAAAAACCGAUUUUUCCCCCAAAAAUGCCUCCGCAUCAGAAAUCUUCAUCUUCCUCUUCUUCUUCUUCAUCUUCAUCCCUAUCUCUUUCGUCUAAAAAAGAAGCCAUUUUCAUAUUCUCAUUGGUUGUUCUGUGGUACUCAUCCAACAUAGGUGUUCUUCUCCUCAACAAAUUCUUACUCUCCAACUAUGGCUUCCGAUUCCCAAUCUUCCUGACAAUGUGCCACAUGUCAGCUUGUGCCAUCCUCAGUUACUUCUCAAUUAUUUUCCUAAAGAUCGUUCCUUUUCAGAUGAUCAAAUCUCGUUCUCAGUUUCUAAAGAUCGCAACUUUGAGUGUCGUUUUUUGUGCCUCUGUUGUUGGUGGAAACAUUUCUCUUAGGUAUCUUGCUGUGUCGUUUAAUCAGGCUGUUGGUGCAACGACGCCGUUUUUUACUGCCCUUUUUGCUUAUUUUGUUACCUUUAAGAGAGAAGCUUGGCUUACCUAUGGUGCUCUGGUUCCUGUUGUUACUGGGGUUGUCAUUGCCAGUGGGGGCGAGCCGGGAUUUCACUUGUUUGGCUUCGUAAUGUGCCUAAGUGCAACUGCUGCAAGAGCCUUUAAGUCUGUUCUUCAAGGCAUUCUACUUUCUUCCGAAGGGGAAAAGUUAAACUCAAUGAAUUUGAUGCUCUAUAUGUCCCCAAUCGCCGUUCUAGUUCUAUUGCCCGCGUCGCUUAUAAUGGAGCCAAGGGUUAUAGAACAAACAUUAAACCUUGGAAGGGAAGAUAAAUUCAUGUGGUUACUUCUUCUUGUCAACUCAGUAUUAGCAUAUUCAGCUAAUUUGUCAAAUUUCUUGGUUACAAAACAUACAAGUCCUCUAACACUCCAGGUAUUAGGCAACGCAAAAGGAGCCGUGGCCGUAGUUAUUUCCAUACUUCUAUUCAGAAAUCCGGUGACUGUCGUUGGCAUUGGCGGGUAUACGAUUACUGUCAUGGGAGUUGUUGCAUAUGGAGAAGCGAAAAGGAGGUUUAGAUGAGUAAAGCUUCUGCAUUAACCAAGUCUUAAAACUCUGGUUUUUUUCGGUUUAGUGAAUUCAUUUGAAGAGGUAGUGAGAUUAUUUGCAAUUGCAACUAGUUUCUUGGUGAAAAUUAUUCCCAUUUGAGAAGAAAGAAAAGAGAAAAUGUGGUUUUGUUGUAUCUAUUAUUUUUAUAGUUCAAAAGAAACAUAUUUAUAUGCUUCUUUUGUAAUACAUUGUUAUCAUCCUACAUAGAAUAUUUCAUUGUUAACAUAUUAGUAAUGUUAUUAUUGAGAACUCUAUUCACUAAUAUAAUUUAUUAUUCUACCAA